UCGAGCCCCCUUCCUGAUUCCUCCUCACUCUCAUACAUACUCUCUUUAUUUCUCCCCAAAACACAACCCUAGCCUCCAUCGCGCCGCCGUUGGUCUCACCGUCGCCGCCUGGUUCGUCGUGUUCGUUCGCCCAUCCUCCUGUUUCAUCGUGCUCGAAGGCCCUUCCAUUCCCCCAACGCCAGCGUCUCCAGGUCCUGCUCCGCUGUCGUCCCUCUGUCGUAUUCGUCGCCAGCUCCCAGUCGUCCGUCGCCAGCUCGCCAGUGUUCGUUGCCAGCUUCCCGUCGUCUGUGGCUCUCCCUCAAAUCUCUGGUCACUGCCCUAGCCGAAGUUAUAAAUUUAUUUAGCUUCAACAAUGUCGUCAUCGUCUGAAGACGAGUCAAUGUCCGAGAUGGAAGAACAAGAGAAUCAGAAUAAAGAAAUGAAGCAUGAAAAUGGAGUGCUUGAUUACAUAAUGAGCUUGGAAAGUGUGCCAACAAAGCUCCCUCCACACCUUGAGCUUCUCAGGACACGGGUCCUCUGCAACAAUGAUGCUCCUCAGCAUACAGAUACCAUACAGUAUUCUGGUGCUUAUGCAGCAUUAGGUGUUGAUAAUAGCUUGCGGUUGGAUAAUUUCAGUCAAAACUUCAAAGUUGAAGUGAAGCAGCUCACGGAUGAUGACAUAGAGUUUGAUAUGAUUGGUAUUGAUCCUUCACUUGCCAAUGCAUUUCGAAGAAUCCUUAUAGCAGAGGUACCAACAAUGGCUAUUGAAAGAGUUUACAUUGCAAACAAUACAUCACUUAUACAAGAUGAAGUUCUAUCCCAUAGACUAGGCCUCAUACCAAUCAGUGCUGAUCCCAGGCUAUUUGAAUAUCCAGAUAAUGCUGGGGAUGAUAGGAAUGAAAAGAAUACCAUUGUCUUCAAACUACAUGUUGCUUGCCAUAAAGGUCAGCCACGUAUGACCGUGAGAUCAGAUCAACUAAAGUGGUUACCUAAUGGGAGUGAGCUUAUAGCUGAAGAUGCCAAACCAAGUGCAAGUUCAAAACCAAAGACAUUUACAUCUUUUACUUGCAGUCAAGAAUCGAUUCCCGAAAUUUCCAGCAAUCCAAUUGGUCCCAAAUAUUUGGAUAUUAUAUUAGCUAAACUUGGACCUGGUCAGGAAAUUGAACUUGAAGCUCAUGCAGUUAAAGGUGUUGGUAGAACACAUGCAAAAUGGUCACCAGUUUCCACUGCUUGGUAUCGGAUGCUUCCGGAGGUUGUCCUCUUGGAGAACAUUGAGGAUGAUCUGGCCGUCAAACUACAAGAAAAAUGUCCAGUUGGAUUAUUUGACAUUGAAGAUAUUGGGGAAGGCAAAAAAAGGGCCACGGUAGAGAGGGAAAAGAAUGGGAAGAUCGUAUAUCGUUACGUCGUGUUAAAGAUCACUUCAUUUUUACUAUUGAAUCAACUGGAGCAUUGCCCCCUGAAGAGCUAUUCACUGAAGCUGUGAAGAUUCUGGAAGACAAGUGUGAACGAGUAAUUACUGAGCUUUCUUGAUUUUCUGUGGUAUUUUGCAACGAAAGUAAUGGUGAAAAUGUAGUAGUGCAUGAUUAUACAAAAAACAUUCCUAGUUUGAACCAUCUAAUUAUUUUUCGUCUCCAAAAAUCUCAGUCUCAUGUGUCUUUAUUUUUUGGAGAGACUGAAGAGACUAAAAUUUUAGAGACAAAAACUAAAAUUUUAAUACCAAUCUGUUGUCACCAAAC